AUGCUGACUCCAUUUAACAUAGCUCGUUGCUCCACACGACUUAUUCGAAGAAAACCUCCAGGAGGUGGGAUUCUGGAUGAAGGAGUCACAUUUUCAGAUGUUCACAACGUAAUUCUUAAUCCAACGACACGGCUACCGUACCCAGAGGAGCAACUUCGUGAGCAUAUUGAAAAGACGUCAAGUGAAAUUAUGAAGGAAAGGAAUAAAAUUCGAUACGGAACGCGCAAGAAGAAAGACUCUGGAGCUAUUGAUUUCAGUCAAUUACCCAUCGAAGAGCACGUCGUUCUAUUAUUUCCGGGACAAGGAGCACAAUUUGUUGGAAUGGGUCAAAAGGUGAUGGAUAUUCCAGCGGCACGGCGAGUUUUCGAUGAAGCAUCCGAAGUUCUAGGAUAUGACAUGCUCAAAGUUUGUCAAGAUGGUCCCAAACAGAAACUUGAACAAACACUUUACUGCCAACCGGCCAUCGUAACGUCAUCAAUAGCAGCGUUUGAAGCUUUAAAAGCAUCAGAUCCGUCAAUCGAAGAAAACCUGACUGAUACAGCUGGAUUUUCAGUCGGAGAAUAUGCGUCACUUGUUGCCGGGAAAGUUUUGAGCUUUUCAGAUGCUAUCAAGAUCGUGAAAACCAGAGCCGAAGCAAUGUCAGAAUGCGCGAAACUGGUGAAGAGUGGAAUGGUUACGAUUCGAGUAAAAGCUGCAUCGAAAUUGGAUAAGGCAAUGGCAGAUGCCAGAAAAGUGGCGGCUGAAAACCGAGAGCUUGUUGUAUGUGAAGUUGCCAACUAUCUGUAUUGCGGUGUCCGAGUAAUUGGCGGAUCAGAAACGUGCCUAAAAUAUUUGGAAGAAAAUCAAGAGAAAUACAAUAUUCAAGUGAUGAAGAGACUUGCAGUUUCGGCAGCUUUUCAUACACGACAAAUGGAGUCUGCCGUCGAACAGGUGGCAAAAGCUUUCCAAAACGUGGAGAUUCAUCGUCCGGUGUGCAAUGUCUGGUCAAAUUAUAGUGGAAAAGUGAUGUCAUCGAAGAAGGGAGACGUUCGUGGAGCUGUCGCCAAACAAAUCAAUUCACCGGUUCGAUGGGAACAGAUUCAACAAUCGCUGUUCAGAAAACAUCAGAACGAAGCAUUCCCCCGCUUCUACGAAGUCGGUGCAGGACGUCAGCUCGGUGCGAUGCUUUUUCAAACAUCGAAAAAGGCUCACAAGAAUUAUUCACAUUUCAGUUGCUGAAUUGAUUUUUUUCAUUGUUUGUGUUAUAUUUAUGUUAGCCUUAUAUAUUAUGUUAGCCUUAUAUUUAUUAUAGUUUCAAUUGUUGAAAAUAUAAAUUUCAGGAUAAUGA